CCAGCCUACCGCGCCACGAUCCAAUCGGCUCCGUCCGUCCUCCCGCGCGCGUAAUCUUAACCCUCCAUUCGACCUCCCCUUAAUUUCUCAAGGGCCUCGCCGCCCACCGUCCGCAUCACACCAUGAAACCACCACCGCGCCUCCACCCCCGCCGCCUCCUCCUCCUCCUCCGCCGCCGCUUCUCAUCCACCGCCGACGCCGCCGCAGAUGCUGCAGAGCUCGCCGGCGCGCUCGCUGCUGCGCCCUCGCUCGACGCGAAGCGAGACCUCUCCGCCGUUCUCCGCCGCCUCGGCGGCCGCGGCCUCGCCUCCGCCCUCUCGUCACUCCCGGCGCCGCUCCCCGCCACCUUCGCUCACCGCCUCCUCCAACACGUCCUCUCCGACUCCCCUGCACGUGCCUCCCCCGGCGAGGACCUCCUCACUCCUCGCGUCUCGGCGCUCCUCAUCCCCUCGCUCGUCGCCGAUCGCGCCGCGCUCCCAUCCGCGCGCCGCCUCCUGUCGCGCCUCAUCCGCCUCCACCCUCUUCCCAUCGCCGCGGCGGCUGUAGCCGACGUCGCCUGCACUGCCACUUCGGACCUACUCAUCCAUGCCUGCCUCAACUCGCCCGCCCCUCGGCCCCUGUCCCACGCAACUGACGCCUUCCUCGUGCUCUCCACGCGGGGGGCCUCGCCCUCCAUCAAGACCUGCAAUAUCCUUGUCGAAGCCCUGGGCUGUGCUGGCCAACUUGACGCUGCCCGCAAGGUGUUCGACAAAAUGCGGGAUGGCAAGGCUGUCGGUCCUGAUGAGUACACGUACACGGCGAUGAUUAAGGCACUCUGCAGGGCUGGAGAGGUUGAUGCCGCUUUUGUGAUGCUUGCAGAGUUGCGGAGAGCUGGGCUGCAGCCAACUGUGGUGACUUACAAUGUGCUAAUGAAUGCACUGUGCAAGAGCGGGAGGGUGGAGGAGGCCUUUCGGUUGAAGGGGAGAAUGGUCAAAGGCAGGGUGAGGCCAAGCGUGGUCACAUUUGGCAUCCUGAUCUACGGUCUCGCAAGGGGUGAGCGGUUUGGGGAGGUCGGGGCAGUGUUACAGGAGAUGGAAGGUUUUGGGAUCACCCCUAAUGAGGUUAUUUACAAUGAGCUAAUUGGUUGGCACUGUAGGAAAGGGCACUGCUCAGAGGCGCUUAGGCUGUUUGAUGAAAUGGUCUCAAAGGGGAUGAAACCUACAGCUGUGACUUUCAACUUGAUUGCGAAAGCUCUAUGCAAGGAAGGGGAGAUGGAGCGUGCUGAGCAGAUAUUGGAUGAGAUGUUGUUGUCUGGGAUGACAGUUCAUUGUGGCUUGUUCAAUACUGUUAUUGCGUGGCUUCUUCGAAGGACUGCAAGACCGGACUCGGUGCUAAGACUUAUAAGAGAAAUGGUUGCCAGAUUUGUGAAACCAAAUGAUGCUUUGAUGACAGCUUGUACCCAGGAGCUUUGCAAUAGGGGGAAACACUUAGAAGCAGCUGAAAUUUGGUUCAAAGUGUUGGAAAAAGGUUUAGGUGUCAGUAUUGCAACAUCCAAUGCGUUGAUUCAUGGCCUUUGCGAAGGAAAUAAUAUGAAAGAAGCCACGAAGGUUCUAAGAGCCAUGAUGAAUAACAGGGUUGAAUUGGAUAACAUCACAUAUAACAUAAUGAUCCAAGGUUGCUGCAAAGAUGGUAAAAUGGAGGAGGCGAUACAACUUCGUGAUGACAUGAUCAAAAGAGGGUUUAAGCCUGAUCUUUUCACAUAUAAUACUUUCCUAUGUGCUUAUUGCAAUUUGGGUAAAAUGGAAAAGGCCCUUGAUCUGUUGGAUCAGAUGAAAAGUGAGGGCCUUAAGCCAGAUAUUGUGACAUAUGGCACCUUAAUAGAUGGUUAUUGCAAAGCAAAGGAUAUUGAGAAGGGAAAGGAAUAUUUGACUGAAUUGACGAAAGUUGGGUUAAAACCAAACGUAAUCAUCUAUAAUGCUCUUAUUGGUGGUCACUGUAGGAAUGGUAACAUUUCUGAUGCAAUUGGUGUUCUUGGCACUAUGAAGUCUAAUGGUGUACAACCAACUGCUGUAACUUACGGCAGCCUUAUGCAUUGGAUGUGUCAUUCUGGUCUUGUUAAAGAGGCCAAGGCCAUUUUUGCACAAUGUAUAAUAAAGAACAUUGAGCUUGGAGUAAUUGGCUAUACAAUUAUGAUUCAAGGUUUAUGCAAAAUAGGAAAAAUUGAUGAAGCUGUUAUCUGCUUUAAGGAUAUGCGUUCUAGGGAUAUACCUCCAAAUAAAUUGACAUACACCACUCUGAUGUUUGCCUAUUGCAAAUCUGGCAACAAUGAAGAAGCAUCCAAGCUUUUUGAUGAGAUGGUGAGCUCAGGCAUUGUUCCUGAUAGUGUUUCCUACAAUACACUAAUUUCAGGGUGUUGUGAGGCGGAUUCAUUGGAUAAGGUGAUAGCAAUGCCUGCUGAAAUGCCCUCAAGAGUUUUCAAACAGGAUGGUUGUUCGUACAAUCCAUUGGUUAAUGGAAUAACUACACCCUGGUGCCAAAAAGAAGCUGCUUCCAGUGCUGAAUGAUGUGUAACAGAGGUACCAUUGGGCAUGACUGCUUUCUGAGACAGGUGUUAAAGUCCAAGUAUGAACAGGAAGAACUUGGGAGAAUAUGUGGGCUCCCAACUUGCCUUCGGUUGUAUGGCCUAUGCAUCUAGGAAACAUGCCACUCAUGGUUUUUCAACCUUUUACCGUCGAGGACAGUCCAACAGAAGCAGAAGGUUGAACAAAGUUUUGGACGUGGUAGUAUGCAUGGUCAACAACCAUACUGGUGAGCCAUCCGAGGGCACCCACAGAAUGCACUUCAGGUUUAUAACUGGCCAACAUUGGUGAACUAAAACAGCAAGAUAUCCAUGCAGGGAUGACAAUUAAAUAAAAUUACUAGGUGCAGGUGAUCAAAAAGUUUUGAGAUUCGUUGAUGUAUUUCAUUCAUUAACCUGGAGUAUAGCGUGGGCUGUUAUGGUCCCACCUAUUGCAUUGGAGAGGCCAGCUCUUAGUGCUGAACUGCAGAAACAUCAGUUCAUGUUUGCUACUGAAACCAAGCGUCCAAUUUCUCGGGUAUCUGCUUCUGUUGUUAUUUGGGAGCAUCUUAGUGCUAGUGAUGCUGUGCAAAUUGUCUUAAAGAAUUCUGUAACUGAAAUGCCUAAUAGAUUACUAAAGAUUGCCUGUGAAGAAGCCAUAGCGAAGAGGCAGUUCAGGUGGCAUAAAGCCAUUAGAAUUAUUGUGAUUUCAAUUUCACAGCAGGGACCAGGGUUAAGUAGCAACUAUUCUUUGUCAACAUCUAAUCCUCCAACCUCGACCAAUCUGAGCCUUGGGCCUUGGCAAGCUUAUCAUACCUCAAGGUUAAAAUACCAGAUCACUUGGUGUGGGCAGCACUGGUUGCUACUGUAAUGCGAUGUAACUAUUCAUGCGCUACUGUAGCAACCGGUAUUUUUUGUCUGCCGUCCUGCCAAAGUAGUUUCAGUUGAUAGCUAGGCAUAAGGAUAGUUUCCUUGUUACUCGAGUUUACUUCUUUAUAGAAUUCAAUAUGUUGAAGAUAAGUAGAGAUAGAGUGUGAGGUAAAGUCAAGCAAUCCCUAUGAAAAGGGACAAGAUGUAUCCUGUUAUUCGUUAUGCAUCAAGAAGAAAUAAUUAUCUCCAAAUCCAGAAUUCUCUCAACCCAUUCUAUACUCUUAUAUUGACCAUCCAAUGUUGUAAUUCAAGUACGGCCAUUCUGUCUGACCAUCUUCAGCAUGGUAGCAUGACAUCUUACUAGUCUUUUUGUUGGUAAAUUGUAGAGUUGCAUAUCAGUACAAUGUUGUAAUAAGAUCUCAAAGUUUUGAGAAUUAGGGUGAGUUUGUGGUACUA